UUGCGAAUUGCGACGACUUUGCAUCCGUUCUCGAUAUUCGAUGUGAUAUGCUUUUGUGACUCACCGAUCUGACGUAAUGUGUGCUCCUGGUUUAGCGCAGUUUCUGCUAGCGCUUGAAGUAGUCGGUCCAUUUUCUUGCAGGUUCAAUAAGUCGCAGCGGCAAUUGUUGUGUUUCGAAGUGCAAAUUGUUGUAUUUGUUCAGUUUACGAAUAAUGUUUAACGUCGUUGUGUCUUGAUAUUAUGUUUUGAUUCCAUGAACAGUCCGGAGUAGUAAAAGAUUCGAGCACGUCGUUGCGCUCCGUACACGUCGGCCACCUAUGCUUCUCCGACGGUCCGUCUCUCGGUCGGCUUCUUUAUACCACCUCCCACUGUUGUGCACAGUCGCCCGAGCGAUUCUCCGAAUUCCAUCCGAUGCAGGUGCUCUUGGCUAAGAGAUAAGCCGGCCAGCGCGACUUCUAAGAAACGUAUUUUCUAAGAAGCAUAUAUUAAUGCUUAGCGCCUUUCAGAAGGCGCAAUAUACCCAACAAGAUGAAAAAUUUUUAAUUCGAAACUAAAACUCCCAGUGGAAUUGUUCGAAGAAAUGCUGUUGUGACUAUGAUGAAACAUAGCAGGAUUGCUUUAAUUGUAUUAGAUUGAAAAAUAAGAAUUAUUGAUGAGAAAGUGAUAUUUAGGGCUAGAAAAGAUUAAACAAAAAUAAUGAAUGACUUUGAUAACUAUACUACAUCGGCGAUAAGGCGAGAGUUACGAAGAAGAGAAUUACUUACGACGGGCAAUAAAGCGACCCUCUUAUUGAGAUUAAAAAAUGCUAUAGAACUUGAAAUGAAUCAGCCAAAUGCUGCAGAAUUCUUUGCGGAUGUUGAAAUAUCAACUGAGCAAGUCGAUAGUGUAAAUGAAGAGAACGCUAAUUCAACAGAAAGAAAAGCAGAACAAUUAGCGAAUGAGUCAAUACAACAAGAACUCGAAUCCGUGAAACAAGAACUUGAUUCUAUUAAUGAUGAAAAGGAAUCGCUGCAACAAGAACUUGAAUCCGUGAAACAAGAAUUUGAUUCUAUCAAACGUGACAAGAACUUACUGCAACAGGAAGUUGAAUCUGUAAAACGAGAACGUGAUUCGACACAACGUGAAAAGAACUUACUGCAACAGAAACUUGAAUCUGUAGAACGACAACGUGAUUCGACACAACGUGAUCUAAGAUUGCUGCAACAAAACUUCAAUAACCUGGAGCAUGAUUAUAAUAGAUUGAAGCAACAACAAGAUCAGAGUAUGUCUUUAUCCCUUGAGGUUCAGCCAUCAACAUCGAGGGUUACUUCGACAAGAGACAUGCCUCAUGAAUUUAAUAGAAGAAAUAAUUAUGACAGAUUCGAAAAAUCAAGACAUCGAAGGACAAAAUGGAGAAAUCUAUCGGAAUUUGAGAAAGGUUACAGGCGAGAAAGGCCGUACUAAUAUAACAAGAUCAAUCAUCUAUGUAUAUUUCAAGCAAUAUGUAU